AUGCGUAUUACUAACUUACUGGUCGUGUGUCUGGCACAUUUUGCGUAUUACACACAUGCAAAUAAUCAGGAAUUUGUUCAUUUGGCAAGAGGAUAUUAUCACGUAUCCAAUGGACUUCAGGCAUCGUGUCAAAGCCAAAUAUACUGUGAAAGUGAUCUACUGAAGGACGUACAACUAGCUCACAUUUUUCCAGAUUCGAAAACUUUUGUGGAUAUGAAACUAAAAUACUCAGAAUCUGAGAUUUUAAAAAACUACCAAGUAUUGAAAGACGGUAACAACGGUGUAGUGCCCAAAGAAAAGAUAGUUAAAUUUGUCGACGAACAUUUCAUGGACGGUGAUGAGUUAGAGGUAUGGACCCCUUCCGACUUUAAUGAAUCUCCUUCGAUCGCCAAUCGGAUUAAAGACAAGAAUUACAAACAGUGGGCAUUGGGAUUAAACCAAGUAUGGAAAACCCUAGCGAGGAAAGUUAAGGACGACGUGAGAUUACAUCCUGACAGAUAUUCGCUGAUAUGGGUUCCAAAUGGUUUUGCCAUACCCGGAGGCCGAUUUAGAGAACUUUACUAUUGGGACACGUACUGGAUUGUUAACGGGAUGUUAUUGUGUGACAUGUCGACAACAGCUAGAGGUGUUAUUGACAAUAUAUUAUCGUUGGUGCUGCAAUUUGGUUUCAUGCCGAAUGGUGGACGAGUGUACUACCUGAAUAGAUCACAACCGCCAAUGGUGACGUUGAUGGUAUCAAGCUACUAUAAAGCAACCAACGACUUUGAAUAUGUAAAAAAAGUCAUAUCUAUCUUAGAUAGUGAAUUCGAGUUUUGGACGGAAAACCGAAUGGUUACUUUCGAGAAGAACGGCAAAUCGUACACAAUGGCAAGAUACUACGCACCGUCAAGGGGUCCAAGACCAGAGUCUUAUAGAGAGGACUACGAAUCAGCAGAAUUUUUGAAAACUGAAAACGAAAAACAAGAAUUGUAUACCCAAAUUAAGUCUGCGGCAGAGACCGGAUGGGACUUUUCAAGUAGAUGGUUUAUAACUGCCAACGGCUCGGAUCGUGGGAUAUUGGCUGAUAUAAAAACGACGUAUAUAAUACCAGUGGAUUUGAACUGUAUAUUGCACAAGAAUGCACUGUUGUUGAGUUCGUGGUAUAGUAAGAUGGGAGAUACAACUAAAGCCGAGAAAUAUCGUGCGAUCGCUGAGAAACUCGUCUACAGUAUACAAGAAGUUAUGUGGAGACCAGACCUAGGGGCGUGGUUUGACUGGGAUAUGUUGAAUAAUAAAAGUCGAGAAUAUUUUUUCGUUUCCAAUAUUGUACCUCUAUGGACAGAAAGCUACAAUAUGCCGAAAAAGGCUGUAGCUAGUUCAGUGUUGGGAUAUCUAAGAGAUCAUCAUAUCAUCGAAGCCGAUUAUACUGUGAAUUUUAACGGAACACCUACGUCUUUGUACAAUUCAUCACAACAGUGGGACUUCCCAAAUGCGUGGCCUCCUCUACAAGCUUUCAUCAUUCAAGGUCUAGACAGGACACAACAGAAACUGGCACAACAGGUGUCAUUUAGAUUGGCUGAAGUUUGGUUACGCUCAAAUUAUAAAUCAUUCGCAGAGAAAUCAAUGAUGUUCGAAAAAUAUGAUGUUCUAGCAUCGGGAGAAACUGGUGGCGGUGGUGAAUAUACUCCGCAGACAGGUUUUGGUUGGACAAAUGGAGUCGUGUUUGAGUUUUUAAAUAGAUGGGGCGAUACAUUAUCUAACGGGAUAAACGGAUGUACUACCGGUUAUAGAUAUUUGUGUGAUUUCAAUAGGAUCAGACAACAGUUAAUGUUUUGGACUUGAGAAGACACGGGUAAUCGUCUUAUUCGCCUAUGCACCGGAAACUGAUUAUACUUAGGUACCUAAUUAAAUUUACCAUGCGUCAAACGGCUGAAACGCUGAUAAAUUUUAUUCAAAGAAGAAACUCAGUAUUAAUUAAUUAUUACAUAAUAAUUUUUAUUAUCUAAAAAAUAUUAUUUUUAGAUAAUUUUUAUUAAACAAAAGACAACACAUACCUAGAAUUAUUGAUUUUUUAUACACACAAAAACAAUGCAACGCGAAAUAACAUAUGUUUAUUGAUAAAUAAUUUGUUAAAAUAUUGUUUCAUUUAUAUACAUUGUAUAAGAUAGUUUUACACUUGUUUUAAUUACUAUAAGGAAUUGUUGUUGAUGUUAAUAUUAUUAAAAAAAGAACAGGCAAUUUUUAAUAGUUAAAAUACUUGUAAUUUAUAUAUUAUACACUUUUUUGCAUGUACAACAGGUAUUUGAUAUGCCUUAUUAAUUUAUUGGAAAUAUAUAAAAAAAAUUGAAAAACAA